AUGAUCUCUCCCAACGCACAGGUUCAAGAUGGAGAGAACGACAACAACAACACCACCAGUGGUGGAAGCAACAGCAGCAAGGGUCACGUCAACGUUUCAGCUACAGCCUCCACCAGCGAGCAGGUGAGCGGCUACUCUCGUCCCCCCCUCCGGAUUGAAAAUGGUCGGUUCCGCGUCUCUGCCCAGCGGCUGAUGCUGGCCUCGCCUUACUUCGAGUCGAGCCUGAGCAACAGCUGGGCGGAGGGCACCACUCUGCGCGCCAGGGGUCAUCUCGACAUGGUCAUCUACGACUUCAACCCCGAAGCCAUCUUGUAUUUUCUCCUUAUCAUCCACGGCUUGGAGGCGAGAAUCCCGCGCAUGAUACCGCUGCAGCUUCUGACCGAUUUUGCCGUCCUGGUCGACUACUUCCAGGCCCACGACGCAGUGCACAUCCAGAUGGGUCUGUGGAUCUCUCUUCUGGCGCCCACCAUCCCGAUCAUCCUGUGCGACGACCACGUCAAGUGGCUCUGCAUCGCUUGGACUGGCCGCUGCAAUGAGACCUUCAACCACGUUGCCAGGCUGAUCCAGCGUCAGAGCAAGAUUAGGAUUGACGCCUUGGUUUUGCCUAUUCCGGAUGUGAUAUUGGAUAGCAUCAAUCAAACCCGGCAAAACUGUCUCCGAUACAUCAUCAGAGAACUGUGGACUCUCAUCGGCGAAUUCCUCAACGGCCACAAGGGCUGCAGCUUCGAAUGCCAGGCUCUGUACGCGGGCAUGCUCAUGCGCAAGCUCCAGGCCGAGGGCUUGUUUUUGCCUUUACCCUGCCGCUCCUUUGACGGCUACAGUGUCGAGAACGUCAUGCGCUUCGUCUCCAGCGUCUUCUUCUUGCACAUCGGUCGCCGCCACUGUCCCUCGCGCGCGCACUGCAAUUUCCAGGAUUUCGUCCGUCCCAUCCUCGACCAUGCAGAGAAGUAUGCCUCUCGCGUCAAGGGAUUGGGUCAUUAUUUGAACUCUGCUGCUACUGUUUCUCAGAAAUGA